UAUAAAAGUAUGUGUAGCUUUGGGUCGUAGAUUUAGGUCUCCGAAGCGAGGGGCUCGUGUCCUCGCCGGGUUUCAAGAACCUCUUUAUCUGUAAUAAAUUAAUUCUUUCCACAUGUCUUUGUCUUUUCUCGACAAUAGUCUCACCACAUCUGACCAAUAGACUGAAUUGGAAGUGGGGUUUCGAAGAUUUUGAGAGUUGAGGUUUUGGGUCGAGGGCUUUUUAGCUAAAUAUCAAUGGGUUUGUACUGAGUUUUUGUGACUGUUGGUGUUGUUGUGUUGAGUACUAAGAUCAAGGGCUUUUUUGUUUUGGAAUCUUGUAACAAUGCCUUCGACGGAAAACUCAGGCACUUCUUCACCUUUGGCCGCAUUUGGUCGAUCAAUUUGGAGUUUUAGGAGAGAACAGGUUCACUCAAUGGAGACUAAUCAGGACUCUAGUGCCCUCGAAUCUGAGCUCGAGUUCUUCCAACAGCGUGUAACUGAACGAUUCCAGGACCUUUCGAGUGCUGGCAAUGAUGAAUUACUUUCAAUCCCAUGGAUUCAAAAGCUUUUGGAUGCUUUCAUUUCCUCUUUGGAGGACUUCAGAGUUCUUCUGUUGAAAAAUAAAGCAGAGGUAUCUAAGCCACCGUUGGAGCGAUUGAUUGAUGAUUUCUUUGAAAGGAUUGUGAAAGGGCUCGAUAUCUGUAAUGCCACCCGCGAUGGGAUUGAGAAGAUCAGGUCAUGGCAUAAACUUUUGGACAUUGUUGUGUGCGCCUUGGACUCGCAGAAGAGGGCAUUGAGUGAGGGGCAAUUCCGCCGUGCUAGAAAGGCUUUGGUGGAUUUGGCACUAGUAAUGCUCGAUGAAAGGGACUCUGGUUCAAUGUUUUCUCACAGGAACAUGUCUUUUGGUCGUCAUAACACAAAGAAGGAUCAUCAUUCUCACCAUCGUGUUCAAUCUUCAGGGCAUUCUCGGUCUCUUUCGUGGAGUGUAUCCAAUUCUUGGUCAGCUGCAAAACAACUGCAAUCUAUUGCCACAAACUUGGUACCACCUCGUGGGAACGAGAUUGUGGCUACAAAUGGGCUCGCAGUGCCUGUUUUCACAAUGAGUUUCGUGCUCAUGUUUGUUUUGUGGACUCUUGUGGCUGCAAUCCCAUGUCAGGAUCGCAGUCUUAAUGUCCAUUUUUCAGUGCCUCGGAAUUUCUCAUGGGGAACGCUGUUGAUGUCACUCCUCAAUCGAAUUUUGGAAGAAUCAAAAAAGAGAGAGAAUCGAAACACCAAUGGAUUGUUGAGGGAGAUUUAUCAGGUUGAAAGAUGUGCACGCCACAUGACUGACUUGGUGGAUUCAGUUCAGUUUCCCUUGACAGAAGAGCACAAGGAGGAGGUUGAACAAAGGGUGCAAGAGAUAGCUAUGGUUUGUGAAAGUUUUCGGAAUGGAUUGGAUCCAUUGGAGCGUCAACUAAGAGAAGUGUUCCGAAGCAUAAUGAAUUGCCGAACCGAGGGCCAUGAUAUCUUGAAUAGGGGGAAAAACGAUCUUGAGUAAUUUGAAUCCAUGAAACUGCUAGCAAGAUGAGCAUCAAAUGUACAAAUUUGCGAAAUAUGUUUACUGUUUCCACUUUAAGAAUACUUUGCAAGGAUUAUAACUUUGAGAUGGUAUAACAGCCAAGAAAGUGUCUUUAAAAAGAGUAACUGUUUUUUUACAUGUAUUGUCUAUAAAUCAUGAUUUAUAUUCUGGUUCAAAGCUGCUGAUCUUCUAUAAAGAACGUAUUGUAUUUCAUUUUGUUCUCAAUCCACUGAAAUGUGUGAUAUGUUUAUUGAGUUUGUCA